GCAAGGAUACCAACUCCACCACACAAUUGCCGGUGGCCACGGAUGCGGUUUAGCUCGAUCCGCGUCCUCGUGAGUGAGUGAUCGCUGCGCGAAACGAAGCGACUCGAACAGCAGGAUAAACAACGAUCGUGCGCCCGCGCGGGUGCCUGUGUGGCGGAACGUGAAACGGGUGCGUCCUACCGAAAGGAGAGGCUCGUCCAGCAGCAGAGCCACCGUGUCACAGUUCUCGUGCGUGGUCGUGUUUCGCUAAAAUUAAAUCACAGGAAAGGAAGUGCAAAUACCGCCAACUGCUGUUGUUGCUGCUGCUCUCGCGGGAUCAGAUCUGAUCGUAGUGUGGGUUUGUCAAACACGCGCUACCUGUCAAACAACUGGUCGUACGAUCGUCGGUGUAAACAAACGUCUCGCGCGCCGCUUUACCUCCACCAGCGGAGGAAUCUGUGUUUGAUUGUUGGUGCUUUGUUGGCUAGAUAACUUGUGAGCGUUAUCUUUCUGCUGCAUCUGACGGGCUACGUGAACAAUCUGCAACUAGUUAGCAUCUCGCUCGUCUUCAGCGGAAAGGUCAAACUGCUGUACCGGCGACAGAAGACGAAGCAGAAGACGACCGACGGAGCAAAGGCCAUCGAAGCCCUGCGGUACAUCUUCAUUAGUCGCGCUCUCGCUGGCGUUCCACCUUGUCGAUCAGAGUGAACCGGAGGCAGGUUCAAUCGGAAAGUUGAAAGUGCCGCUGGGAUCGCGGUCCACCGAAUCUGGCCCCUGUGUGUCCGUGUGUGCGUGUAUGUGUCCCCUUGCUGAUGAUCGGAGAUCGUUUAUGCUGGCGGUGACGCAUAUGUCGUGAUGCUGGGCCGGCUAAAGUAAGACAUAAAUAACAUCGUCGAUCAAGGGAGAAGGAAGGCGAGCCCCGCUCAAAAGGGAGGAGAUCGAGCGAAAGAAGGAAAGAAAAGAAAAACAACCGACACCCAUAGUCACAAACACACACAGAGACACGCACCGACUCAGCAUCCAUCAGAGCGACCUUAAAGUUGGAAGUUGGAAGAAAGCGGUAAAAAUAAGCUCCUCAAGGGUGAAGGGAGGAUCGUGUGCCGGCGGUGUGAGGCGCAAAGUACGAGCAGCUACGAGAUCGAAGAAGAACGAACGAACGAAGCGACACGGCGAAGGGCCCAAGGGAAAAGCGAAGAGAAGAAAAGUAGUAGAAUAACACGAGGAAACCGAAAAAAAAGCGUACCAAAAGGGCAGAGGAGAAAAAGAGGAAAAGGGGCCACCACCGGUGCCAGAAGCGAGCGAGAGCGAGCCGAAAAGCGGAAGGGCCACACGAACCACUCCGCCUCAGCCUUCACCCUCCCUAGCGGUUAAGAUCUUCGACGGGCUGCUGCUGCUGCGUGCACGAAGAGCGCAACAAAGUCGGCGGCGACGAAUAGAAAGAAAAACAAAACAAUUCGUGGAAAAGGAGAAGCAUCGGGUGAACCCCCGUGCGCAAGAGCGAGACACGAGAGAAAGUAAACAAUUUUGGGUUUGUCGCGCUGGAGUUCUGACCGUCGUCGUCAAAGGACCCAGCAGCCACCAUCGCGGUAGCAGCACCUUUUCGUACGCGCGUUCCUGGAGAGUGUUUCUACGGCGUGUCGUGUCAAAGCGUUCUGUUGUUGGGUGGAAAAACUGCGCGUGGAAAUCGUAGCAACCAUCGCGCUUCGUCGUGAAGUGUGUUCGCAGUGUCUCUAUCGAGGAGUCUCUGCCUUGUGUGCCUUGUGUGCUCGGUGUGUGUGUGCAAGUGUCGAUACUUCUGGAGGGAAAGGCCACAAGAAGCGUGGAGUCGCGGCGCCUAGUUGUGCUACCUGGUCCUAGAGAAAAGAAGGAGGGGAAGAGUAUUCGUGUGAAUCCCGUGGUCCGUUUGGGGCGACAUGCCUGGAUCGGAGAAAGUUUACCGUUUCCGAGUGAUCCGUGGAGAGCCGAGAGCCGCGUGCCUGUCUGGCCAGCAGUGAAGGAGGAGGGAGUCAGCCCCCCGGGGGGAAGAGGAAGGCAAGGGCGAUGGGUGAUAAGUGCGCCGAGAUUAAGUGAAGGAAAAAGUGAAAAGUGUCGAAUGAAAGCGUCCUGCCAGUUCAGUGGCUAGCUAGCAAGCAAGCAGGCAUAGAAGCAUCGAGCAGGCAGGCUUGCUUGUGACCUAUACACAUACACACACACACACACACACACAUACGUCACUCAGAUACAUACGCGCCAGAAACGGCAUUAGCGAGAUCCGCAAGUCCUUGUUGGUUCGAUCCGAGAAAGAACCGACAGCGUCAAACAAACUAUGGUGGUGCCAACGAUGGAUAACCUACCGCGCGUACCUGACACCCACGGGGACACCGUGGAUGAGAAGCUGUUCUCCGACCUCUACAUCCGGACGAGCUGGUUCGAUGCGUCGAUCGCCCUCGACCAGAUCGAAAAGGGCAAGGCACGGGGGAGACGGUCCGCGGUUUACAUGCGAUCAGUGUUCCAGUCUUAUCUCUACAAUCUCGGCUGCUGGAUACAGAAGCACGCCGGCAAGGUGUUAUUCGUGGCGAUACUGGUGCUGAGUACGUUCUGCGUGGGUCUCAAAUCGGCCACCAACCACACCGCGAUUCAUCAGCUCUGGAUAGAGGAGGGUGGGUAUCUGGAGAAGGAGCUGGCGUACACGAGGAGAGCGCUCGGCGAGACGGACUCGUCCACGCAUCAGCUGCUGAUACAAACGCCAAAGGACAUGGAAGCGUCGAUACUACAUCCGACUGCCCUGCUGACGCACCUGGACGUGGUGAGGAAAGCGAUCGCGGUCACGGUACACAUGUACGAUACGACGUGGAGUCUGAAGGAUAUGUGCUACUCGCCCAACAUUCCCCGAUUCGAUACGCACUACAUCGAGCAAAUCUUCGAGAGCAUCAUCCCGUGUGCCGUCAUUACGCCGCUGGAUUGCUUUUGGGAGGGUAGCAAGCUACUCGGUCCGAAGUAUCCCGUGGUCAUACCGGGUCUAGCGAACAGAGUGCAGUGGACGUCGCUGAAUCCACUGACGUUACUAAAGGACAUCAAGGCACAGAACUACCAGUUUCCGUUCGAUACGCUCGAGCAGUACAUGAAGCGAGCAGGCAUUAGCACGGGCUACACCGAGAAACCGUGCCUGAAUCCGAAGGACAAACAGUGCCCGGACACGGCACCAAACAAGCUGACGGGCCAGGUUCCAGAUGUGGGCGCUAUCCUGACGGGUGGUUGCUACGGGUUUGCGGCCAAGUAUAUGCAUUGGCCGGAGGAGCUGGUGGUGGGAGGUGCGGUCCGUAACCGUACGCACCAUCUGAAAUCGGCCAAGGCACUCCAAACGGUCAUUCAGCUGAUGGGUGAACGAGAGCUGUACGAUUACUGGAACAAUCACUACAAGGUGCACCACAUCGGUUGGGAUCCGGAGAAGGCGGCCGAAGUGCUCAACGCCUGGCAGAAAAAAUUCUCAGCCGAGGUGAACAAGAUCAUGCAGACGGACGUGAAGCCACUGUCACACUACGGUGUGUACGCCUUCUCGUCGGCCACCCUGGAUGACAUACUGGGCAAAUUUUCGAGUCCUGAUCCGAUUAGCCUCGGAAUUGGCAUCGCAAUCAUCGUCUGCUACACCGCACUGGCCCUACUCCGCUGGAAAGAUCCAGUCAAUGGGCAGAGUGGUGUCGGUGCGGCCGGUGUGCUAGUGAUCGCGGUUACUACGGCUGCAGGUUUGGGUUUCUGUGCAUUGUUGGGGAUCGCUUUCAACGCCGCUACGACGCAGGUGAUCCCGUUCCUAGCACUCGGGCUUGGAGUCGACCAUAUCUUUGUCCUAACGCACGCAUACGCCGCACGAGAUCCAAGUGAACAUACGGGCCAUGUGCUGAAGAAGGCAGGAAUGGGUGUGCUAUUCGCGGGUGCAACGACGGCUGCAGCCUUUUUCGCGGCCACGCUCAUUCCCGUACCGGCUCUGCGCGUCUUCUGCCUUCAGGGUGCGAUUCUGAUCGUCUUCAAUUUGGCCUCCGUAAUGCUGGUCUUUCCUGCGAUGAUCUCGCUGGAUCUAAGACGCCGAAGGUCGGGUCGAUCGGAUGUACUGUGCUGCUGUCUGCCAGCCCUACCGGGACUGACGAGUGAUGCUAGUAGCAGGCAACGGUACCACUAUCAUCAGCAACCACAACAAAUCCAGCCACAGCAACAGCAACAAAUGCCGAAUGUUGAAGCGCAGCGUCCGGAAGAGGACUCCCUGAUCGAUUGUCCAUCCAAGUCCUGUUUCAGCUUUUCCAUCUCGAAGUUUGCCCACAAACACUACGCACCGUUCAUUGCGAAGAGCUCGGUGAAGGUGUGCGCCAUGCUGCUGCUGUCCAGCAUCCUCGGUGUAUCGCUGUUUGCCUCGAUGAAGCUACCGGAUGGACUUGAACUGACCGAUCUGGUGCCACAGAACACGAACGAGCAUCGGUUUCUGAGCGUCCAGGGCAAACUGUUCGGGUUCUACAGCAUGUUUGCGGUGACGCAGGGCGAUUUUGAGUAUCCGAACAACCAGAAGCUGUUGCACGAAUAUCACGAAGCGUACGUGCGAGUGUCACACGUGAUUAAAAACGAUAAUGGCGGUUUGCCCGAUUUUUGGCUUAGCCUGUUCCGGGACUGGUUGAGCAAUCUGCAGAAAGCCUUCGAUCGGGAUUAUCGCGAAGGGCGCAUCACUCAGGAACGGUGGUUCCCGAACGCGAGCAACGAUGCGAUCCUGGCCUACAAGCUGCUCGUCCAGACUGGCCAUGUGGAUAACCCUAUCGACAAAAGUCUAGUGACGCAGGUGCGUCUCGUCGAUUCGGAGGGAGUGAUUAAUCCGCCCGCAUUCUACAACUAUCUUUCGGCCUGGGCAUGGAACGACGUGCUGGCUUACGGGGCUUCACAGGGUAAUCUACGGCCUGAACCACGAGAAUGGGUCCACACACCGUCUGAUUUCGAGUUGAAGAUUCCGAAAAGCGCUCCCUUAACCUAUACCCAGCUCCCGUUCUAUCUCCAUGGACUCAGUG